AUGAUUUUGAAAUCUUUUCUACUAGGUAAUCUAUUAUCUUUAUGCAUGAAGAUAAUCAAUUCGGUCGUUGUGGUCGGACUCUAUUAUGGAUUUCUGACCACAUUCUCCAUAGGGCCCUCUUAUCUCUUCCUUCUCCGAGCUCGGGUUAUGGAAGAAGGAACCGAGAAGAAGGUAUCAGCAACAACUGGUUUUAUUACGGGACAGCUCAUGAUGUUCAUAUCGAUCUAUUAUGCGCCUCUGCAUCUAGCAUUGGGUAGACCUCAUACAAUAACUGUCCUAGUUCUACCGUAUCUUUUGUUUCAUUUCUUCUGGAACAAUCACAAACACUUUUUUGAUUAUGGAUCUACUACCAGAAAUUCAAUGCGUAAUCUCAGCAUUCAAUGUGUAUUCCUGAAUAAUCUCAUUUUUCAAUUAUUCAACCAUUUCAUUUUACCAAGUUCAACGUUAGCGAGAUUAGUCAACAUUUAUAUGUUUCGAUGCAACAACAAGAUCUUGUUUGUAACAAGUAGUUUUGUUGGUUGGUUAAUUGGUCACAUUUUAUUCAUGAAAUGGGUUGGAUUGGUAUUAUUCUGGAUACGCCAAAAUCAUUUUAUCAGAUCUAAUGUACUUAUUCGAUCUAAGAAGGACCUUGUGUCAGAAUUGAGAAAUUCUAUGGCUCGAAUCUUUAGUAUUCUCUUAUUUAUCACCUGUGUCUACUAUUUAGGCAGAAUGCCGUCACCUAUUGUCACUAAGAAACUGAAAGAAACCUCAGAAACGGAAGAAAGGGAGCAAAGUGAGGAAGAAACAGAUGUAGAAAUAGAAAGAACUUCCGAAACGAAGGGGACUAAACAGGAACAAGAGGGAUCCACCGAAGAAGACUCUUACCCUUCCCUUUGUUCGGAAGAAAAGGAGGAUCCGGACAAAAUAGAUGAAACGGAAGAGAUCCGAGUGAAUGGAAACGAAAAAACAAAGGAUGAAUUCCACUUUCACUUUAAAGAGACAUCCUAUAAAAAUAGCCCAGUUUUAAAAAAUUCUUAUCUGGAUGGAAAUCCAGAAAAUUCGAAGUUAGAAAUACUUAAAGAAGAUAAAGACAAUUUAUGGUUUGAAAAACCCCUUGUUACUUUUUUUUUUGACUAUAAACGAUGGAAUCGUCCAUUGAGAUAUAUAUGCCUAAGAAAUAAUCAAUUGAAAAAUACUAUAAGAAAUGAAAUGUCACAAUAUUUUUUUUUUACAUGUCGAAGUGAUGGAAAACAAAGAAUAUCUUUUACAUAUCCACUCAGUUUGGCAACUUUUUGUGAAAUGAUAGAAAAAAAAAUCUCUUUGUACACGCUAGAAAAAAUAUCUCCUGAAGAAUUGUAUAAUCAAUGGGUUUAUACCAUUGAAGAAAAAAAGAAAAAUUUCAGUAAGGAAUUUUUAAAUCGAACCGAAACUCUAGACAAAGGAUCUCUUACUCUAGAUAUACUCGAAAAAAAAAUUCGAGUAUGUAAUGAUAAGAUUAAAGAAGAAUGCUUACCUAAAGAGUAUGAUGCUUUCUUAAAGGGACCCUAUCGUGGAAGAAUUAAAAAAUUGGAUUCAAUCAUGAAUGAUUAUUUAAUUCCUUCGAUAAAAAGGAUUUGGAUAAAUAAGAUUCAUGGUAUUUUUCCUAUUGAUUAUCGAAAAUUCGAACAGAAAAUUGAUACAUUUGAUGAGAAAUCAUUUUCAAUAGACAUUUCUAAUUUGUUAACCCCAAUGAGUCAAUUUGACGGGGAAUCAAGACUGAAUUUUAAUUUAAAAGGACUUUCUUUAUUAGCAGAACAAGAAAGAAAUGAUUCAGAAAAUCAAGCAAAAUUUUUGAGAUUUUUAUUUGAUGCUGUUAGAGUUGAUCCAAAUAAUCAAAGAAUAAAAAAAAAAUCUAUUGGAAUAAAAGAAAUCCAUAAAAGGGUUCCUCGAUGGUCAUACAAAUUAAUCGACGAUUUUGAACAAGAGGUGGAUCAGGAAGAUCCAUUAGAAGAUCCGAUUCGUUCAAGGAAAACCAAACGUGUAAUCAUUUUUACUGCUAACGAGUCGAAUACCAAUACUUAUACAAAUAAUACGAGAAAUUAUGAUCAAGUGGACGAAGUGACUUUAAUACAUUAUUCACAACAACCGGAUUUUCGUAGGGAUCUAAUCAAAGGAUCCAUGCGCUCUCAAAAACGUAAAACAGCUAUGGGAGAACUCUUUCAAGCAAAUGUGCAUUCGCCGCUUUUUUUGGACAGAAUAGACAAACCUUUUUUUUUUUCUUUUGAUAUUUCCGGAAUGAGGAGGCUAAUUUUUGGGAAUUGGAUGGGUAAAAAUACAGAAUUCAAAACUUUGGAUUUUGAGGAGAAGAAAAGGGAGGAGAAAAAAGAAGAAAAUGAACGAAUAGCAAUAGCAGAAGCCUGGGAUAGUAUGAUAUUUGCUCAAGCAAUAAGGGGUUGCCUGUUAGUAACCCAGUCGAUUCUUAGAAAAUAUCUUGUAUUACCUUCAUUGAUAAUAGCUAAAAAUAUCCUUCGUAUUUUUUUAUUUCAAAUCCCCGAGUGGUACGAAGAUUUGAAAGAGUGGAAUAGAGAAACGCAUGUUAAAUGCACUUAUAACGGUGUGCAAUUAUCAGAAAGAGAAUUUCCGAAAAACUGGUUAAUCGAAGGUAUUCAGAUAAAGAUUCUUUUUCCUUUCUGUCUGAAACCAUGGCAUAGAUCUAAGCUACGAUCGCACCAUAGAGAUCCAAUAAAAAAGAAAGGAAAAAAAGCUAGUUUUUGUUUUUUAACAGUCUGGGGAAUGGAAACGGAACUUCCUUUUGGUUCUCCCCGAAAACAACCAUCUUUUUUUAAACCCAUUUUUAAAGAACUCGAAAAAAAAAGAUGGAUUACCAAAAAAGUUUUAUUUAUAAAAAGAAUAAUGAAAGACCUUACAAAAAUAAAUUCAAUUCGAUUAUUUCGAUUGAAGGAAGUAAAUAAAUCGAAUGACAAUCAAAAUAUAAAAAACUCACAAAAUUCUAUAAUUAGAAAUCAGAUUAUUCAUGAAUCAUCCAUUCGAGUCAGAUCCACGGAUUGGAAAAAUUAUUCACUGACAGAAAGAAAAAUGAAAAAUCUAGCCAAUAGGACAAAAACAAUUAGAAAUCAAAUAGAAAAAAUCACAAAAGACAAGAUAAAAAUAUUUCUAACUUCAGAGAUAAAUAUUAAUCCUAAGGAAACAAGUUGUGAUAUUCAAAAAUCAGAAUCGUCGAAAAAUUUUUGGCAGAUAUUAAAAAGAAAAAAUACCCGAUUAAUACGUAAAUGGCACUUUUUUUUUCAAUUUUUCAUUGAAAAGAUAUGCAUAGAUACUCUUCUAUAUAUCAUUAAUAUUCCCAGGAUCAAAGCACAACUUUUUCUUGAAUCAACAAAAAAAAUUCUUGAUAAAUACAUUUACAAUUACAAUACUAAAACAAAUCAAGAAGAUAUUAAUGAAAGAAAUCAAAAUACAAUUCACUUUAUUUUGACUAUAAAAAAGUCGCUUUUUAAUAUUAGUAAUAAAAAUUCGCAGAUUUCUUGUGAUCAAUCUUCCUUGUCACAAGCAUAUGUUUUUUACAAAUUAUCACAAACUCAAGUUAUUAACAAGUAUGACUUGAGAUCUGUACUUCAAUACCACGGAACAUCUCUUUUUCUUAAGGAUAUAAUAAAGAAUUAUUUUCGAACACAAGAAAUACUUCAUUCCGAAUCAAGACAUAAGAAAUUUCGGAAUUCUAGAAUGAAUGAAUGGAAAAACUGGUUAAAGGGUCAUUAUCAAUAUGAUUUAUCUCAGACUAGAUGGGCUAGAUUAGUGCCACAAAAAUGGCGAAAUAGAGUCAAUCAACGCCGUAGGGCUCAAAAAAAAGAUUCAAAAAAUUUGGGUUCAUAUGAAAAAUACCAAUUAAUUCAUUCCAAAAACGAAAACGAUUCUACGGUAGAGUCAUUACUGAAUCAAAAAGAAAAAUUUAAAAAACACUACAGAUAUAGUCGUUUAUCACAUAAAUAUAUUAAUUAUAAUUAUGAAGAUAAGAAGGAAUUAUAUAUUUAUGGAUCACCCUUACAAAUAAACAAGAGCCGAAAGAUUCCCUAUAAUUACAACACACAUAAACUUGAAUCAUUUAAUGGGCUAGAAGAUAUAUCUAUUAAUGAUUAUCUAGGGGAAGAUUAUCUUAUUGAGACGGAGAAAAAUCCAGAUAGAAAAUAUUUUAAUUGGGGGAUUCUCCGUUUUUGUCUUAUAAAAAGGGCCAAUAUUGAGGCCUGGGCCAAUAUGAAUACUGGGACCAACAUUCAAAAAAAGACUAAGACUGGAACUGAUUAUUAUAAAAAUAAAAUACAAAUAAUAGAUAAAAUGGAUAAAAAAGAUCUUUUUAAUUUGAAGAUUUAUCAAAAAAUCAACCCGCCCAAGCAAAGGUUUUUUUUUUUUUUUGAUUGGAUGGGAAUGAAUGAAGAAAUAUUAAAUCGUCCCGUAUCGAAUUUUAAAUUUUGGUUCUUCCCAGAAUUACUCCCACUAUUUGAUGCAUAUAAGAUGAAACCGUGGAUCAUACCAAUCAAAUUACUUCUUUUAAAUUUGAAUAGAAAUAAAAACAUUAGUGAAAAUAAAAACAUCAACGGAAAAGAAAAAAAGGAUUUUUUUAUAUUAUCUAAAAAAAAAAAAUCUCUUGAAUUGGAGAAUCAAAAUCAAAAAGAACCGCCGGGACAAGGAGAUCUUGAACCAGUUCUACCAAAGCAACAAAAAAAUAUUGAAGAAGAUUAUGCGGGAUUAGACAUUCAAAAAGGUAGAAAGAAAAAGCAAUUCAAGAGCAAUACAGAAAUGUGGUUAGAUUCUUUCCUGAAAAGAUAUUUCCUUUUUCAAUUCAGAUGGAAUGAUCCUUUGAAUCAAAGAAUGAUAAAUAAUAUCAAGGUAUAUUGUCUUCUGCUUAGAUUGAGAAAUACAAAAGAAAUUAUUAUAUCCUCUAUUCAAAGAGGAGAACUGAGUCUGAACGUAAUGCUGAUUCAGAGGGAUCUAACUUUUACAGAAUUGAUAAAAAGGGGGAUAUUAAUUAUUGAACCAGUUCGUCUGUCUAUAAAAUCUAUAAAAUGGGAUGGAAAAUUUAUUAUGUAUCAAACCAUAAGUAUUUCAUUAGUCCAUAAAAGUAAGCAAGAAAUUAAUCAAAGAUACCGGGAAAAAAGAUAUAUUGAUAAGAAUGAUUUUGAUGGAUCCAUUGCAAGAUAUGAAAAUAUGGUUGGGGAUGGGGGUGAAAAUUAUUAUGAUUUGCUUGUUCCUGAAAAUAUUUUAUCGCCUAGACGUCGUAGAGAAUUGAGAAUUUUAAUUUGUUUCAAUUUUAACAAUGGAAAUGCUUUAGAUAGAAAUCUAAUAUUUUGGAAUGGAAACAACGUAAGGAACUGUGGUAAAUUUUGGAAUGAGAACAAAGAUGUUGAUAAAGAGAAAUUAAUUAACAUGAAAUUGAAGUUCUUUCUUUGGCCCAAUUAUCGAUUAGAAGAUUUAGCUUGUAUGAAUCGCUAUUGGUUUGAUACCAAUAAUGGUAGUCGUUUCAGUAUGUCAAGGAUACAUAUGUAUCAACGAUUGAAAAUUAAUUGA